UUUUAAACGUAACCUAGCCAUCCUAGCGCUGCGUAUUAAUAUUUGAAUAUAUCAUGAAUAUUUAUGAAUAGCGCAUGGCGUAUAAAUUCCUUUUGAGCCAAUCAAAUGCAGCGGUAGGAUGGCUAGGUUACGUUAAAACAAAUUACAUACAGUCUACACACGUGUGAUACUUAGAGCCGGGUAUUCAUUUUUCUAGAUCUAAUCAUGCGAAAAUUAAAGUAUCAUGAGCAGAAGUUGCUUAAGAAGGUUGAUUUUAUAUCAUGGGAAGUAGACAACAAUUUACAUGAAGUUAAAAUUAUGCGGCGAUACCACAUUCAGAAGAGGGAAGAUUACACUAAGUAUAACAAACUAAGCCGUCAUGUGAGAACUCUUGCCAAUAAGAUUAAGCAGCUAGACAGCAAGGAUCCCUUCAGAAAUCAGUGCACCAGUCAGAUGUUAAAAAAGUUGUACAACAUGGGCAUCGUACCAACCAAACAGAAUCUAGCCCUCUGUGAUAACGUGUCAGCAUCAUCAUUCUGUAGAAGACGGCUUCCUGUUGUCAUGGUGAAGAUAAAGAUGGCGGAGACGGUGGAGUCGGCAGUAAAGUUUGUUCAGCAUGGCCAUAUUAGGGUUGGACCAGAAUUAGUCUUAGAUCCAGCCUUCCUUGUUACCAGAUCGAUGGAAGAUUUUGUAACGUGGACAGAUACAUCAAAGAUCAAGAAACACAUUGUUGAAUACAAUGAGGAGAGGGAUGAUUUUGAUCUGAUGUGAAAGAACCUCAGAUGCUCAUGAAGAAAACAACUUGUUGCAGUAAUAAAACAGUUAAGGUGGCCAAAACCUAUGCAGUGCUGAUGGAAACAUCUGGUCAUCCAAAUACUAAAUGCUUGCUUGAGGAGGAUGUCAUCAGGACCAAGUUGCAGGUCUCAAAAGUUGCGGCUUCUGUAAUGUUGCCAUUUGUGAGUGGAGACAUUGGAAGGAUGUAUUUACUGCAUCAUUGGAGUGUGUUGAAAGAAGAUCUGAUUCUGACCUCGGCCAAGCCCAAUCUGUACUUAUAUAACAAAAUCUAUUUUCUAUUUUCUACUUUCUAUUUAUUUUCUAUUUAUUUCUGUCUUUCAUUCUUCUUGUGUCUCUCAGUGGUAGAGCAGUGGUCUUGUAACCGGGCGGUCCCGGGUUUGAAACCAAGCCAAUGCGCUAGUGCCCUUUGGUAAGGCAUUAAUCCUCAUUACCAAGUCCCUUGGAGAGGACUUAAAGCCGUCAGUCCCUUGGUUGCUUGUAAGUACAAGCACUCAUAUGCUUUCUUAGCAGUCGGGUAAAACAAGCAAACAAACCAAACCAAACCUUAAAGACCAUCUCUGGCAGUGCUACUCUUUCCUGUUAAACUGUGCUCAAGCACAGUUCUUCGCAAAGCUGAGGAACUCAAUAAGAAGGUGUUUAGAUUGUCUAAUGAUGAAGAGCACUUCCGUCACAAAGUCCCAGGAUGUAGGUCCUAUGGUAUGCCAUCAAGCCUCACCAGUACCCUACCAGUAGAGGUACAUGUCAAAGAGUCAGUGACACAAAGACGUACCGGUAACUCCAUUUUGGCCAUUUUGAAGAAAAAUUGGUUUAUGUGUCACUGAGCACUUGGGCCAUAAGGAGUUUGUCCAUGUUUCUCUAGCCAUGUACUUCAAUGGGGUGUUGCUUGGAGUUAAGUCUUUGUGUUUCCUGGAGAGCCCACAUUUUUCUGAACAUUUUGAUAUCAAAUACUCAUUUUGGCAAAAUAUGGAGUUACGUCUUUGUGUAACUGAACCCUCCAUGAGAUAAUGAGUAGAAAGUCAUGGACCUUUAAAUGUUUAGAUCACUAAUGAUAAUGGAUAUCCUCACAUUGGCAAUUGAGACUUCAUGUGUCAUAUGGUACAUGUAUAUUGUAAUUACUCCAUUUUGUGUGUGCAAAAGGUUUAAUAAACUUGAUAAAUGCGACUGCGUCUCUAAUAUGCCUCCUUCUAUAUGUAUGUUCAUCAGUGAUGAUGUGACCUGUAGGGUCUGACCUCACAAACUCAAACAUUCAUGUCAUCUUUUCAUGCUCGUACAGACAUAUACCCAAGCCCAGUUUGGUCAACACUGGUUCAACUUUUGUGAAUUGUUCACGGUAAUGAGAUAUUUAUAUAAUAUUGGAUGAAUUUGAGAGUGGUUCAAGAAUAUAUUGCUCAAGUUUUUUUGGAUAUAAGAAGGUUAAAUAUCAAAGGUCAUCAAGUCAAUUUACAUGAAAUGAAAGGAUUUUAAACCUUGUUACAUGUAUGAGUUAUGACCAAAUCUAUUACUAUUUUAAAUGUUUUAGCUGUGAUAUUAAAACCUAUAAUGAGUAUGCAUCACUUGUAGAGACACAAGAGAUCAGAUUUUGGCAUUGUCGGGUCAAAGAUCAAAGGUCUAAGGUCAUAAAGAUCAUUUGACAUGCAAGUAUAGGCUGUUUGUUCUCAGGGUAUUAGUUGCUCUUUACCAUGUAAUAUGGUUUAAGGUCAAGUAUGUUAUAACUUUUUUAAUAUGUGACGGUUAAUGUUAAGUAAUUCAAGUGCAAAACUGGUGUAGCAGUAAUCUAUUUACAUGUAUCGUAUCAUUUGUUAUCUCACCUGAACAUAAAAGAAGAUAGUGACUUCCUUGGAAGUUAUUUUAGUAUCUUAUAUACUCUUUUUUUUUAAAUUUUUUUUUUGAUGUUUUUUUCUUAUGAUACUUUUAAAUAUUUUGUUUAUAUGAAGGAAGUCAGCAUUUCCAAGAAUACUCCAUUAUUGUCCUUGUAUAUGACAUUCUGUGUAUUAUAUCAUCUUUAAAGCCCAACUGCACUACUUAUAGCUACUUGCACCCUCUAUGUAGCAAACAAUGUUUAAUUGGUGCCUGUUGGUCCCCCAUGAUCCCCUUUUUGUUAUGUUAAUUGAGAGUUGAUUUGAAGAGAUAACCACCCGCCAGUGACCUUACAGGAAGGUCUAAUCCCUCUGGCAAAACUAGUGCAGGCGGGCUUUAAUAGAGAGUCUAUUUGCUUCCAUGAAAAUGUAAAUAAAAUACACUAAAACUAAUAAAAUAUACUUUAACCAUUUCA